AUGCAAGUGGUCCAGCAUGAAGGGCUCUCUGUCCCGGGAGAGCAACCGGGUCUGGCGGAUGUCUCGCCAGCCCGAGACCAGUCUCUCAACGGCCCCGUACCCAAGAACGUCGCUUUUGAGUUGCUGCUCGACGAAAACUCCAAAGUCCGAGCUCGCAUCCCAAUGCGCGUUCAGAUCUACCCGCACGAUGCCACGGACUCGAUUGUGACUACGGUCAAGAAUUUUUAUGGCAUCUACGACGGCACUGCCAGUGGGGUGAGCUUCGAGGAUGAACAUGGGACAACCCUCAUCGCAAGGUACGAGAACCUGAAAAAUAACAUGACUGUCUAUGUGCGAGUCAUCCCCAUCCAGCCGUAUGGAGAUCACUUCUAUGGCGGCUUCCCGGUCGAGUCUCGCAAGCGGCCCAGUCUGGGUGAACCAUUCCAGAUGGUUGAUGGCAUGGCGCCGGCGUUGGAGCAGCCGGCCUCGCGACUUGCGAGAAAGCGCAGUACUUCGCCAUCAGUUCGGAGUCUGCGCAGUACGUCUCAGCCCAAGCAGGGCUCUCGCUCCGGUCACAAAAACCGAGCCUCGAGUGCCCAUGGGGGGUUCAAUGACGAUGAACCCGACUAUAGCGACAGCGAUAGUACUUAUACUCGGAGGUCUCGGGGCGAACAGUUCGCCAGCUCGGAGAUCAGCAUGGAAAAUAUCCUGCAAGACGGCCGUCGCAAACGGCCCAAGUUUGACAGCUCUGAGCUGCCACUCUUCGCCCCUCCCCAAGUCCCUAUCACUACCUCGACCUCCUCCAUUUCCCCCCAACGUCGAUCGGUCGGACAGGAAGGCGCUGGCUCGCCUUUUGCGCGCCCCACGCAACGCCCAUACAAUUACCAGCAGCCGCUUCCGUCGCCACAAAGCUAUGGUCACAGCGAUUAUGGGAUUCAAUCAGGGCGUAAUGCAAUUUAUGCCACACCCAUGGUCCCGGAUCAUGGGCAUCGCCUGCGGGAGCCCUCGGGGCCCUUCAGCAAUGCGGCGGCACGGGUGAGUGGUCCCGGUGUCCUACCCACGCCGGACCCUACCAUUGCCAGCUGCAUCUCUGAUGAAGACGUGGCAAUGCAACUGAUCCGUUUGGGUGAUGCCUCAAAUUUCUCCCAUGGUCGCACAUCGGCGUCGACGCUGGACGAUGCCUUCAGCGGCGCUGCCGAUGCUGCCUCCUCGACUGGUGCUACCAGUGACGGGGAAGACUUCAGUGAAGAUGAAGAUGAUUUGCCGGCCCGUCGUCAACGGCUGGACUCGAGUCCGAUGCUUCCGCCGGGAACCGUCAAGCGCCACCACAAGCGCCUGGAUGACAUUCUGCCGAGCGCUGACAGUAGUGAACAUAGUUCGGACGGUAUGGAUGAUGGUGUCAAGAGUGAAGCUGAGGAAGACAUCCUCUACAGGGAGUUUGCUCCCAAGCCGAAGAAGCCGAAGAGCCGUCCCGCCUCGACCAAGGUACGCACCCAAAAGCCUGCGCUUGCGAAGCCCAACAAGCACAAGGGCGUUCCAGCUGCAUCGCGCAAGCCGUCCGACAAGACGACGGCGCCUAUCCCUCCACUCAGCCCGAGCUCUGCUCGGAAAGUGUCGGGGUCGUCGGUCAAUUUCCAGCACCAGCUUGGUGCAGACGAGGAGGACCUGUCAACCAAGCCCCGCUGCCAGCGAUGCCGCAAGAGCAAGAAGGGAUGUGAUCGCCAGCGCCCCUGCGGGCGUUGCAAGGAUGCCGGUAUCGGCAUCGAAGGAUGUGUGAGUGAGGAUGAGGGGAAUGGCCGCAAGGGCCGUUAUGGGCGCCAUAUGGGCGUGCCGGUCAAGAAGAACGGUGAUGAUCCGCUGGAAACCCUCGACUUCCCGCCUAUGCCGACCACGCCUCCUGUCGCAUCGACUAUAGCAGACAAAAACAAGAAGCGGAAGCGCUAG